UCAUUGAACUCAAGAAUUUCUAACCUAGUGUUAAUUGAGAUAUUUUUUAUUCUCUUUAGGGUGUUUGUGAACCGAAGUUUAGCCAUGGAAAAAAUAAAGUGUUUUGGUUUUGAUAUGGAUUAUACCCUUGCUGUGUACAAGUCCCCAGAAUAUGAGUCCCUUGGCUUUGAGCUUACUGUGGAGAGACUAGUUUCUAUUGGCUAUCCCCAGGAGCUGCUCAGCUUUGCUUAUGAUUCUACAUUCCCUACCAGAGGACUUGUCUUUGACACACUAUAUGGAAAUCUUUUGAAAGUUGAUGCCUAUGGAAACCUGUUGGUCUGUGCACAUGGAUUUAACUUCAUAAGAGGACCAGAAACUAGAGAGCAGUAUCCAAAUAAAUUUAUUCAACGAGAUGACACUGAACGAUUUUACAUUCUGAACACACUAUUCAAUCUACCAGAGACCUACCUGUUGGCCUGCCUAGGAUUUUUUACUAAUUGUCCCAGAUAUACCAGCUGUGAGACAGAAUUUAAAGAUGGGGACCUCUUCAUGUCCUACCGGAGUAUGUUCCAGGAUGUAAGAGAUGCUGUUGACUGGGUUCAUUACAAGGGCUCCCUUAAGGAAAAGACAGUUGAAAAUCUUGAGAAGUAUGUUGUCAAAGAUGGAAAACUGCCUUUGCUUCUGAGCCGGAUGAAUGAAGUAGGGAAAGUAUUUCUUGCCACCAACAGUGAUUAUAAAUACACAGAUGAUUUUGAAAGUGAUUAUGUUGUGUUUAAGUCCAAAACUUUGGAUUUUAACAGAAGGCUCAGGACGCUCCUUUGUGAAGGUUUCUGUAACUGCAGUCGUUUGGAAGCUGCGUUUAAGGUUAGUGAAGAAGUUAUGAGGAAAUGA